CGGAAGGAGCGUCCACGACUGAUGACGUCACUGUCGGCGCCUGUCAGGAGCAGGCAUGGCUGCUGAGAAAGCUUCUAGGCUGUUGUCACUGAACGGUCUGUUCCCGGUGUAUAAGCCGCCGGGUGUCACGUCAGCCCAGACCCUCAACGACCUGAAGAGCCGCCUGCUGAGAGGUCAGCCCCGGGGCAGCCAAGCCGGGCUGAAAGAAUUUACGAAGAGAAAGAAGCAGACGCUGAAAAUUGGCCAUGGAGGGACCCUGGACAGCACGGCGUCCGGACUGCUGGUGGUCGGUGUCGGAGAAGGUACCAAGAUGUUAGGGGCGAUGCUGACCGGGAGUAAGAAAUACAUGACCACCGGGCAGCUGGGGAAAGCCACCGACACCCUGGACGCAUCUGGGACUGUGACACAAGAGAAGCCUUACGAUCACAUCACUAGAGAAGAAUUGGAGAAGGCGCUGGAGAGGUUCACCGGGAACACCCUGCAGGUGCCUCCACUCUUCUCCGCCUUGAAGAAGAACGGGAAGAGGUUGUCGUGUCUGGUGAGAUCAGGGGCUGAGGUGGAGGCGAAGCCGGCGCGCCCUGUGGUGGUCUACAGCCUGACGCUGACGGAUUUCCGGCCUCCUCUCUUUACUCUCUGUGUGGAGUGUGGAGGCGGCUUCUAUGUCCGGAGUCUAAUCAGAGACAUCGGAGAAGCUUUGUCCAGUUGUGCCAGUGUGAAUGAGCUGAUCCGCACCAAGCAGGGGCCGUUCACCCUGGACGAUGACACCCUGAGGGAGGAUCGCUGGGACCUUGAGCAUGUCGCCCGGGCACUGCAGACGUCCACCCCACCCCCAGAGCAAGCGUCCAAGAGGCUGAAGACUGAGGAGGACGGGGCGCCCGCUGUCCAAUCCUAAGGAACAGUGUGCCGCCUCCUGAGUGUUCUCCACCCAGUGGAUGGGACAGAUCCCCAGACAGACAUGUGCGCCCCCUACAGGGGGGGGUCACAGGGAGCGCAUCUUCUCAUACCUCACCCAAUGAGGGCCGGAGAGGAAGAGUCCAAGGAGACAAUCACUGAGCCCAGGAACAUGUAUAUAGUAUGUACAGCCACUGAAAUAAAGCUAUGAUAUCACUGCUUCGUGUGUCCGCCUGCACUGACCGGCAUGACAGUGUCAUCCACAGGUCCCCAUGACAGUGUCAUCCACAGGUCCCCAUGACAGUGUCAUCCACAGGUCCCCAUGACAGUGUCAU